CAGCGCGGCCGCCUGCCUCCGCUCCUCCACCGGCUUCUCCCAGCGAGCGGAACGGGCAUGGACCCGGUGUGAAGACACACCGUCGAGCUGUCACCCUGUGCGUAAAAAGGAACAAACCAGAAACCCGAACCCUUUUACGCACGCAUCAAUAAUGAUGGAGUACUGGAAGCAAUGCGCGCUGUGGCUGAUCAACUGCAAGGUGCUGCCCGCCAGCCACCGGGUGACGUGGGAGGGCGCUCAGGUGUUCGACCUGGCGCAGACGCUCCGGGAUGGAGUGCUGCUGUGCCAUCUGCUCAACAACCUGAGGGCGCAGGUCAUCAACCUGAAGGAGAUCAACCUUCGGCCGCAGAUGUCACAGUUCCUGUGCCUGAAGAAUAUCAGGACCUUCCUGGCGGCAUGCAGCGAGACAUUCGGCAUGAAGAAGAGCGAGCUGUUCGAGGCCUUCGACCUUUUCGACGUCAGGGACUUUGGAAAGGUGAUGGACACACUUUCCAAACUUUCCCACACAAUUAUUGCACAGCAAACUGGAAUCAGGCCUUUUCCAACAGAGGAGAGUGUUGAAGAUGAGGAUAUCUACAACCACCUGGUGGAUCUGAUAGAUGAGAACGGGGUGGAGGAUGAGGAGGAUCUGUAUGACUGUGUGUACGACGAUGAAGACGGCGGCGAGAUCUACGAGGACCUGAUGAAGACAGAAGCCCUCCCUCCUCCGGCGUUUCAUAAGCAGGAGACUGACAUCAGGAGCUGCUGUUUGACAGAGAUCAAGCAGACAGAGGAGAAAUACACUGAGACCCUGGAGUCGAUAGAGAAGCACUUUAUGACGCCGCUCACCAUGUUUUUAUCCAUGGUGGAGAUGGAGAGUGUGUUUGUGAACAUCCCGGAACUGGUGAAAGUUCACAAAGGUUUACUGGUGGAAAUCCAAGACUCGGUCCACCACAGAAGUGCCCAGAACCUUUACCAGAUCUUCAUCACUUUCAAAGAGAGGUUGUUGAUUUAUGGGAAAUACUGCAGCCAUGUGGAGACGGCCAUCGCCUCCCUGGACGACAUCAGCAAAGACAGAGAGGACGUACGCAUGAAGCUGGAGGAGUGUUCGAAAAGAGCCAACUAUGGCAAGUUCACUCUGAGGGAUCUGCUGGUGGUUCCAAUGCAGCGAGUCCUGAAGUAUCACCUCCUCCUGCAGGAGCUUGUGAAACACACUCAUGAUGCCGGAGACAAGAGCAACCUGCGGACGGCCCUGGACGCCAUGAAGGACUUGGCUCAGUACGUCAACGAAGUCAAGCGAGACAAUGAGACGCUGAGAGAAAUCGACCAGUAUCAGAAAUCCAUCGAAAACCUUAAUCAGCCUCUGAGUAAGUACGGGAGACCCAAGGGAGACGGGGAGGUACGGGUGUCCUCGGUGGACAAACGGGCCAAACAGGACAGGCACAUCUUCCUGUUCGACGCUGCGGUGAUCGUCUGUAAGCGGCGGGGAGACAACUACGAGAUGAAAGAAGUGAUCGACCUGCACCUGUUCAAGGUCACCAACAACCCGACGUCUGACAAGGAGAACCGCAAGUGGUCCUACGGAUUCUACCUCAUUCACAGCCAGGGCCAGAGCGGCUUCGAGUUCUUCUUCAAGACCAAAGAGCUGAAGAAGAAGUGGCUGGAGCAGUUUGGCAUGGCCAUAUCCAACAUUCGACCUGAGAACGGUAGCAACAACCUCCACGAGUUUUGCAUGCACACCUUCGACAGAAUCACCUCCUGCAACUCCUGCCACAUGCUGCUGAGGGGCGUCUUCAACCAGGGCUACCUGUGCUCCAAGUGUGGUCUAGGUGCCCAUAAAGAAUGCCUGGGCCGCUUUGGCUCCUGCGGAAAAACAGAUCCCGGCUCCGUCAGAACUCAGUGCAAAGAUCGAGAUCCAGGUCUGCCCAAGAUGCUGGUGAUCAGGAACUACUUUGGCGUGCCGUGCCCCGCCUCUGGUCAACCACUCAGCAUCCAGAUAGAUGACAUCAUCGAAUUAAUCUGCGCCGACCUUCACAGCCCCUGGUGGCAGGGCAAAAUCCUGUCGACAAAAGAGGUUGGCUACUUCCCAAGCGACGCUGUGAAGCCUUGUCCAUGUGUCCCGAAGCCCGUCGACUACUCCUCUCAACCCUGGUUUGCUGGGCCCAUGGAGAGGCUGCAGGCAGAGACAGAGCUCAUCAACAGGGUCAACAGCACCUACCUGGUCCGCCAUCGCAGCAAAGAGUUCACGGAGUACGCCAUCAGCAUAAAGUACAACAACGACGUGAAGCACAUAAAGAUCCUGACCAAGGAGGGCUGCUUCUACAUCGCAGAGAACAAGAAGUUCAGGAGCAUAUUAGAGCUGAUCGAAUACUACAAACACCACUCCCUGAGAGAAGGGUUUAGGAGUCUGGACACCACGCUGCAGUUUCCUUUCCUGGAAGCGGAGAACGCUGCCGUGCACUGCAUCAACCGGUCGGGUGGCAACAUGUUCACUCCCAAAGUGAUCGGCGUGGCGAUCGCUCGCUACGACUUCAGCUCGCGUGACACCCGGGAGCUCUCGCUGCAGGAGGGCGACGUGGUGAAGAUCUACACCAAGUCAGGAGCCAACGGUUGGUGGCGAGGAGAGGUCAACAGCAGGGUGGGCUGGUUUCCAUCCACAUACGUAGAGGAGAGUGAGGAGUGAAAUGUCUGCCGUGGGAGUAAAAGUAAGACAGAAGAAGAAGAAGAAUGUCGGCAGUGGAGUGAGUGCACUGAGCACAUAACAGUGACAGACAGAGUGAGCGUCUCCAGCGCUGCUUGCUCCAGGUGUCACGGCUUUACUCUCCUCCAGCUCUGCCGCCCGCAACCAUCCCAGAGGCCUCUGGGAGAGAGAGAGAGAGAGAGAAGGGCUGCAGCUCGCUACGGGCGCACAUGGGCCCGAUCGCCUCUGGUCGACUCGGCGAGGCUAAGUGACUCCAUCAACUAGCAGCUUGCCUGUCAGCAGGACACAAGCCCUCGCCAGACACCCCCCCAUCCCUCCCCGACUUCAUCCGUCCCUCCAUAAUUCCCCCUUCACCCUCUUCGUCUCCAGCCCCCAGCUCACCUAGUCGGUCGUAGCAAAGACUGUGUAAAGUCAGCAUUGAGAUGCAACUCAUCCAUCCAUCCAUCCCACACCCCAUGUGAAAUAGACUGACCGGAGUUGCACUGACUGUCACUUUACAUUUUUGUCCUUUCUCUCUCGGAUGGAUCUCAGUCAGUUCUGACUUUGCCUGUGUGUUUAUUCCAUUAAUGCAGGUGGUUAUUGAUGAUUUGACGACCCAGAUUCCACACCACCCACUCCUCCACAUCAUCAUCAACACACACACACACACACUUACAGGAGAUUUAACAGAGGGAUGGAGUCGGAUAGCGUGGCUGCACACUGCCAGUAAUUGAUCGCUGUUUUAGCUGUUUUCCUCCUCCCACCUCCUCCAUUUUUUAUCUGCAGCCCGGCCUCUCAUGUUCUCGGUUGUCUUGGCCGUUAGCGAUCCGCCGCUCUUAUCGGUGGCAGCUUUGUCAACAGGAGAACGUUCGCUGAGGGUUUAUCUUAGUGGAGGCAUUAGUGUCGGGGAACAAGCCACCUGCUCGGGUAACAUAAAACAAAGGAAAAGAGAAGAGCCAAUCUCUCUACUUCUUUUUUUAUCUUUUUCCUUCGCUGCCGUCUUUGCUUCUUCAGCAGGACUUGAGUUUUGUUUCAGCUCCAUCAUGUGCAGAUAUGUUGGAUACGGAAUCUGUACGUCUGCACCCAGACUUCUACUUUUCAAACAUCAGAAUGAUUCUUUUCCUCUGCAGAACACAAGUUUGGCAGAAACUGAGCCUCUGCAAUGUUGAGAACUUCUUUUAACAGGAAAAAUAUAGCAUUUUCAAAAGGUGCAGUCUCAACACUUGAACUCAAAAGAACUGAAAUCAGUUUUCAGAAACCUUUUUCCGCCUUUUCCAUCUCGCCUCCCUCCUCUGUGCUUCACCCUGGUAUAUACACAAGGCACACGUCUCCUUAAUCCACAGCGAAAAGAGGCUUUUCCCACAUUUGAGGGAAUGAAUAUCUUUAAACACGCUGCACAAUACACUUAUAAUGUUAAUACGCAGAAACAUAUAGUCGGAGGAGGACAUGGAUAUAGAGCAGUGAUCAAAUUACAUCUGGAGGUGAGACUGAGCAACUGGCACUGUGCAGCUAUGGUUCUUUUAUUGCAUAACAAACUACACAUCUUUGUUUCAAAUAUGUACAUAUUACGGUUGGUGAUUUCUGUUAAGGAGGCAGCAGUUACUCUCCAAAUUUCCUUUCUGUCGUCAUCUGACGUCAAAGAAAAGUUUGUCUUCGGUUACAUUUCCCGUUUCCCUCCUUUCACCUCAGACUUAAAGCACUUUCACACAACUCUGCAUGAUGUUUUUUUUUUUUUUUUUUUUUUUUUUUUUUCAGCUUUUAAUUUAUAUUUUUGUUUAUUGGAAGUAGUUUCACGAGAUACAACAAUAUAACAGGGAAUAUUUCCAUCUUACAUUUUUUCCCAUCUUUUUAUCCCUCCCACAUUUCCAUCCCCAGCACCCUCUGCAUGAUGUUUUAAAAAAAACGGGAAACUUUUGGAUUUUUAUUAUCACGUGAGGGGGGGGAGCCUCUAGAAACAGUUCUCAGGACACUGUUUCAGUUCAGAGACGUCAGCCUCCCCCCAGCAGGUCUUCAUCCUCCAUCACAUCUCCAUCCUCCCGUUUUUAUCUCCAUCCCCCCCGUCACAUAUUCGUCUUCCUGUCACAUGUCUCCAGUGGACAGAAAUGUAUUUCUUUGAAUCUCAGUUAGAACUUUUGCAUUGACUCAAUGGAGCCAUUAUGUUUGAAAAUGAUUAAUAACCCCCUGCCAGACCUGCCACUCCAUCCCUUUAUGACAUGUGACAAAACAUUUUUUUGCUCUCAGUCAAAAGAGAAGGAUCACAGUAAUGUGUUUUUUUGGAAUCGUCUCACUUUUCCUAUUUGGUUCCAUCAACAGUGUCGUUAAGUGACCACUAGAUGGAGGCAUCCUAAACACAUCUCCUCCUCUCCAAGCAGUCACGCUGGACUUGGUGAAGUUUGGAGAUGACAUCAUCUGAUUAGGAGGUGAACAGUGUGUAUGGAAGCAGAGUAGUAGAGUUAGAAAACGCCUUAAAGUAUCACACAAAACUCACGUUUAUCUGGAUUUGAACCUACUCAUCAUGUUCAUCAAGACUCUGCUGAUAUUCCAGAAUCAGUAGGAACUCUUUGUUUCUUAAAACCUCCCUGAUCAGUCAAACUCUAGAUGUAGAACGUCUCCAGGAAGUCUUAGAGAGUGGCAGCGAGAACAAAUGUGAUCCAGCACUCGUCUCUCUGCCGUCCUGGGAGAACAGGCGAGGUGGAGCAGGCUCUUCUAAUCCACUCCCGCACUCCCUCCUCCGCCCAGAUGAGCCCUGACAGUGAGGCCAUUUACAACUGCAGGCCUUCAUCCCCUCCGAGUGAGCUCCCACUUUUUUUUUUUUCUUCUCCCUGUGCGCAGGAGGGACGGGAGGAAGGCUCAAGGGUAUCCGCGAUCUAAUCAUUACACCAUCUCCUCACCUCGACGACCCGCCUGCAUCCAUCUCUCUGUCAGCUCCCCCUCUCCCCGUGUCACUUCCCUUCCCUCUUUCUUUCUCUCUUUCCUUACCUCCCUUUCACCGGCAUCUAUCUUUCAUCCAAUCUCCCGUCUUCUCGGCUUCUCUCUGCCGUGCCGAUGCUCUGUAGGCUGUGGCAGCCGACGCCAUAUGUUGGCGGGAGGAGAAUAGAUGAUUCAGUAUUAUCAGGAGAGGAGGGAGAAAGUGGCAGGGGGGGGGGGCCUCUAUAAACAACCACAGCAAAAUGAGCACUAGUUUAAUUUGACCACAAAUUAAUAGACUGAGAGAAACGAUGCCAAUUAGAGGAUGCAUUAGGAUUUGCUCACACCACCGUUGUCUCUCCUGAUGUACAGUGUGUGUGCAGAUCACUUGUGUAUGCGGAGACACACACUGCGUACGUGAGGAUAGGCGGGUUGUCAGGAUUCAGGGCUGAGCAAGUCUUAUCUCAGCAGGGGUUUUGGGAAACAAUCUCCUGAACCAACACGUGAGGACAUGUUCCGUAGCCACCUGAGCAGAGACACACCAGUCACUCACACGUGAAGGAAUUAUCCUUUUUUCCUGGGCUGGAACUCCUCCUCCCUCCUGUCAUUUAGUUUUACCAUAGGUGUCUCCGUCUUGCCUGAGCUUUGCAUCCAUACCCAUGUGUUGUUGUCCCAAAGAAGCCAAAGAUUACUGCUGUUCCCACUGUACAUUCAGCGUAACGUCUCCAUGGUACCCGACCGCUGUGGCCUAACUCUAAAAACCGUGCAAUCCUGACUGUGUAGCAUUACCGUGUAUUGUUGCUGUAUAAUACUGUAAAAUAUGUACAGAGCGUAUAAUAAAGAUACAUAUUGCUUCUU